AUGUAUAUGUACCCCCAGCCCCUUAUUAUUAUUAAUAACAAUACACCAAUAAUUUACUUGAAACUAAAAAAUACCAUAGAUCAACUUCAGACUUAUUCAGUUCAAGAAAUUUAUAAUGGAAAAACUGAUUUUACUCAAGAAACAGUAUUGAAUAACAAAGAUACUGCUAUAUUUUCGUCUGAUUUGCAGAACAGUAAUAUUGAAGAUUAUAUCUCUUCAACUAAUAACAAAAAGACACAAAAUGAUAAGACUUCAGUAUUUGAUCAUACUAAAGAUACCAUUUUAACUACAUCGUUCGUUAAAGACACAAACACUAGCAACAUACUGCCCCAGCAUUGUUCUUCUACUAUCGAUCCGCCAAUGUUAGAGGGAGAAGAAGAAAAGGAUACUGCUAUUGUUUUAACUGCGUCUAAUCAUCAAUUCCAUCACUUAAAGGACGAAAUAUUUAUUUCAUCUCAUCCUUCAGAACACAAUAGUUUAAACACUCUAGUUGAAACACAAGCUUCUAUUUCACGUAAUAGCUCUGGUAGUGUAACAAAAUUUGACUUGGAUACAACACUUUUAACUAUACCCAAUCCAUCUUAUCUUACUCCUCACACUCUCUCAACAUCUUCUACUGCAUGGCGUCAUUCUCUGUCUUCUUUAACUUCCAGCAUUUAUAUGGAUGCACUUUCAAGCCCUGUCCCUUCUAUUGUCAAUAACAUCGAAGAGACCAUUAUGGAGCAUCAACAAUUACAACACGAAGGACCUAACUAUAUUGAUCAUUUUAAACAUAAUAGCAAGCAUUAUCAUCAUCAAACAAACAUGAAUAACACAAGUCAUAUUUUUGAAGCUUAUAAAGCUCAAUUAGUUCAAAUUAUAGACGAUUUUGACGACAUGAAUAGAAUAACACAUUAA